AUUUUCGCGCCACAGUGAAGGCACACCUCCAGAAGUCCCAUCAGUAGUUUUGAUUGGUCCGCCAAGACGUCAGACUCGCGCCAGUUUUUGCAACGAGAGCAGAGAUCUGCCGAGGAGGAUCAAGUGAAUGAAUAAUAGUAUCUUUCGCUUGUAAACUAUAUUUUUAAAUUAAGCAAUCGACUUCGUUGCUUAUUCCGAUUAAGCUGUCCGACUUCUGUUAGGAUCAGUUAUCAUGGCUCCGAAGGAUUAUUCCGCGGAAAAGGAGAAAUGCAAGAAGUUCCUUCAGGAAUUUUACUCUGAGGAUGACAACGGCAAGAAGGUGUUUAAAUAUGGAGCCCAGCUUGUGGCCCUGGCCCACAGGGAACAGGUGGCGCUGCAUGUGGACCUGGACGACGUGGCCAUGGAGGACCCCGAGCUGGUGGAGAGCAUCUGUGAGAACGCCAAGCGCUACACGGGCCUGUUCGCAGACAGCAUCCACGAGCUGCUCCCCGAGUACAGGGAGAGGGACACCGUGGCCAGAGACUCGCUGGAUGUGUACAUCGAACACAGGCUGAUGAUGGAGCAGAGGGGUCGUGACCCCGCCGACACCCGGGAUGCUCGCAACCAGUACCCCGCUGAGCUGAUGAGACGUUUCGAGGUGUACUUCAAGACGCCCGGAACGUCCAAGCCCAAGGUGGUCCGGGACGUGCGCGCCGACAGCAUCGGCCACCUCGUCUCCGUGCGCGGCAUCGUGACCCGUGCCACCGAGGUCAAGCCCAUGAUGGCCGUUGCCACCUACACCUGCGACCAGUGCGGUGCGGAGACCUACCAGCCGAUCCAGUCCCCAACCUUCAUGCCCCUCAUCAUGUGCCCCGGGCAGGAGUGCGUGACCAACAAGUCCGGGGGCCGCCUGUACCUGCAGACCAGAGGGUCAAAGUUCGUCAAGUUCCAGGAGCUUCGCAUCCAGGAGCACAGCGACCAGGUGCCCGUGGGGAACAUCCCCAGGAGCAUGGCGGUGUACGCCCGCGGGGAGAACACGCGCGUGACCCAGCCGGGCGACCACGUGGCCGUCACCGGGGUCUUCCUGCCCCUGCUGCGCACCGGCUUCAAACAGGCCGUCCAGGGUCUUCUGUCAGAGACGUACCUGGAAGCACACGGCAUCACGCUCAUGAACAAAACUGAGGAUGACGAACUGGGCACCGGGGAUCUGAGCGAAGAGGAGAUGCGUGAAAUCACAGCCGACGGGUUCUACGAGAAGCUGUCGGGCUCCAUCGCCCCGGAGAUCUACGGCCACGAGGACGUCAAGAAGGCCCUGCUCCUGCUGCUUGUAGGGGGGGUGCAGCAGGCCCCCAAAGGCAUGAAGAUCAGAGGAACCAUCAACAUCUGUCUCAUGGGAGAUCCUGGUGUGGCCAAGUCCCAGCUGCUGUGUUACAUCGACCGCUUGGCUCCUCGCAGCCAGUACACCACGGGCCGCGGCUCCUCCGGCGUGGGGCUGACGGCUGCCGUCAUGAAGGACCCCCUCACCGGGGAGAUGACCCUCGAGGGAGGGGCCCUGGUGCUGGCCGACCAGGGCGUCUGCUGCAUCGACGAGUUCGACAAGAUGGCCGACGCCGACCGCACAGCCAUCCAUGAGGUGAUGGAGCAGCAGACCAUCUCCAUCGCCAAGGCGGGCAUCAUGACCUCCCUCAACGCCCGCUGCUCCAUCCUGGCGGCGGCCAACCCGGCGUACGGCCGCUACAACCCCCGCAAGACGCUGGAGCAGAACAUCCAGCUGCCCGCCGCGCUGCUGUCCCGCUUCGACCUGCUGUGGCUGAUCCAGGACAAGCCUGACGCCGAGGCGGACCUGCGGCUCGCCCAGCACAUCACCUACGUGCACCAGCACUGCCGGCAGCCACCCACCCACUUCACCCCCAUCGACAUGAAGCUCAUGAGGCGCUACGUGGCCCGCUGCCAGACCAGGCAGCCCGUGGUGCCUCAGGACCUGGCCGAGUACAUCACCGCCGCCUACGUGGAGAUGAGGAAGGAGGCGCGCGUCAGCAAGGACACCACCUUCACCUCGGCCCGAACCCUGCUCUCCAUCCUCCGCCUGUCCACUGCACUGGCACGUCUCCGCAACGAGGACGUGGUGGGCAAGGAGGACGUGAACGAGGCCAUGCGGCUGAUGGAGAUGUCCAAGGACUCGCUGCAGACGGACAAGUCCGGUACCACCAGGACUCAGAGGCCGGCCGACGUCAUCUUCUCCCUGCUGAGGGAGCUGGCCACGGAGGGCAAGGGCGGGCGCGGCGGGUCCGGGGGCGUGGUGCGCAUGGCGGACGCCGAGCAGCGCUGCGUGACACGGGGCUUCACCCCCGCCCAGUUCCAGGAGGCGCUGGAGGAGUACGAGGAGCUCAACGUGUGGCAGGUCAACCAGGGCCGCUCCCGCAUCACCUUCGUGUGAGGAGGAGGAGCAGCAGCACGCCCUGGUGGCACCCCAGCGCCACUACAGCCCUGUCAACAGCCCCUCCACAACGGACUCUUUUAACUGACUCCCGCGGUGCUCUCUGGUUGGCUGCGCUGCUUCAUGUUGAGCUGGACGCGUUGCAACGUUAUUUUUCCAAUGCACAAUUAAAAAUGUACGUCUCGCCAAUAUGUGUUGGAGCAACGCAAUUUGGACUUUCCACAAUCCUAGCUCUUCUUUCCUUAGAUUUGAGGUAACAGUUGAUACUUGUAAAUAUGUAUUUUGAAAGCAGUGUAUGGAACAUUGACGGACAAUGUUAUGUGUUGGCUGUGUUUUGGAUGGUUUUGCUUCGCUUGUUGUAGGAUGCUGAAUAUUUUAGCAAUGCAUUAAUUGAUUUGUUAAUAAACUUUGGUUUAACAAUGAGUUACA